UUAAUGUUAUCAUUAUAAUAACAAUAGUGUUUAUUGUUAUUUUUCGAAUAAAAUACGACCAAACAAUCACGGAAUUACGUGUAUGAUAUAUAUUUGUUGUAACACUUAAUAAGGAAAUGUAUAUACAUUGUUUUUAAAAGUGUGGGCGGUUUUUUAAAUACCCGAAUCCCCUCAUCACUCAAUAGAAAUGACUCCAAGUCAUUAGUUUUAAAAGCGUGCAACGUGUUAUUAGUUUGUUCUGUUUUUUCAAUUACUUAUAAUUGAUAUUUAACGUAAUCACCAUGGUUCAGCAAAUUUUAUUAUUAUUAUUAUUAAUAUUAAAUCGUUCGUUUUGUGAUGAUUAUUAUGAAUUAUUGGGUUUAAAACGAACAGCGAAUGAAAAAGAAAUAAGACAAGCAUUUAAAAAAAUUGCUGUUAAUUUACAUCCUGAUAAAAAUCCUGAUGAUCCAGAAGCUCAUCCAAAAUUUUUAAAAUAUACGACAGCAUAUGAAGUUCUAAAAGAUCCAGAAUUGCGUAAAAAAUAUGACUUGUACGGAGAAGAAGGUCUCAAUAAUGAUCAAUUUGGUCGACAAAAUUAUCACUCUUGGAGCUAUUACCAAGAUAAUUUUGGAAUUUACGACGACGAUCCUCAAGUGGUCACGCUCAAUACCAAUGAUUAUGAUGACAAUGUUGUAAAUAGUGAAAAAAUAUGGAUGAUUAAUUUUUAUUCGCCAAUGUGUAGUCAUUGUCAUCAUUUAGCGCCUGAUUGGCGACGAAUUGCCAAAGAUUUUGAAGGUAUUGUACGUGUUGGUGCUGUUAAUUGUGAAGAUGAUUGGCGAUUAUGUCGUCGUCUUAAUAUACAGGCAUAUCCAACAUUAUUAUAUUAUCCUAAAAAUUCUCAUCAUGGUACGAGAUAUACUAGUAAAAAAACUUAUGAAAAAAUAUCAGAAUUUAUAAUGGAACAUCUUGAUGUUAGCAUUGAAAAAAUAACAUCAACUAAAUGGAAAAAAUUAAUUAAAUUAUUAGAUGAAAAUAAUAAUGAUCAUUAUAAUAAUGAUAAACCAUUACUAGUAUUUACAUGUGGAAAGGAACGUAAUUGUUUUGAGAAUGAGGAGCAAUUAAAAAUAACUGCCAUGUUUGAUAAUAUUAUUGAUACAGGUAUUUUCGAAUGUAGUAAAAAUAGUUGUAACAAAUUAUUAGAAACAACUGGCGCAGUAUUUAUAAAUAACAUUAAAAAUAAUGAUAAAAAACAUUUUAUCUUAUUUAAUGAUUUAAAUAAUAUUGAUGAAUUUGUUCAUGAUAUUUUGGAUGAGUUACCAGAGCCACAGGAUAUAAGUAAUGAUUAUUUUAAUGAUAUCAAAAAAAAUUUAGAAAAAAAUGAUAAUGAGAAUGGAUGGUUGGUGUGUUUUUACAUUGGCCAUGCAACAGACUUAGAUUUGCAAUUGAAAAAAUUACCGAGUAUAAUAACCGACGUUAAUUUAGGAAAAGUCAAUUGCGGUAAAUAUAGUUCACUAUGCAGUAAUUUAAAUAUAAAUAGAUAUCCAAUGUGGGGAGUUAUAAAACCUGGUGGUGCUUUUGAAUUAAGUCAUGGUAAAAGUACAAUAAAUGAUGUCGCCAAGUUUGCUGAAAAUAGUAUUAAAGCACAAAAUGUUGCGGCAUUAAGUGCUGAUAAAAUAAUUUCAAUACUUAAAAGACAAAACGGAAAGGAAGUUUGGUUCUUAGAUUGGUACGCACCAUGGUGUCCACCAUGCAUGCAAUUUUUACCAGAAUUACGUAAAGCGUCAAUGCAAUUCAAAAAAUCAGUUGUACAAUUCGGUACAAUAGACUGCACAGUACACGCUGAUAUUUGUAGACGAUACAAUAUUCGUUCAUAUCCAACGGCAAUGUUAAUAAAUGGGACGACAACAACUCAAUUUACUAAUCAGAAAACAGCUGCUGGUAUUAUUGAAUUUUUGAAUGAAGUUGUUAAUCCUACAGUGAUUAAAUUAAAUAAAGACAAUUAUUAUAAGACAGUUGGUAGAAAAGAUGAUACUACAUUAUGGGUAAUCGAUUAUUUUGCACCCUGGUGCGGACCAUGUCAGCAGUUGGCUCCCGAGUGGACGAUUGUUGCUAAAAAUUUGCAUUUAUUAGAUAAUGUUAAGGUUGCGAGUGUUGACUGUGACGCUAAUGGAGACUUGUGUCGCGAGUUGGGUGUACGCAGCUAUCCUACUAUUAGACUUUAUCCAUUUGGGAGUGUUGGGUUAAAUCAAGUUGCACUUUUUAAUGGUCAACGAGAUUCCACAGCAUUGAUGCAAUGGAUAACGAACUUUUUUCCAACGAAAAUAAAAAAUUUUGACGAAGAGAAAUUACGUAAAAAUAUAUUUAACAAAAAGAGCAAAAGUAAAAAUAAAAAAGAUUAUUGGCUGAUUGAUUACUACGCGCCUUGGUGUGGGCACUGUCAGAAAUUGGAGCCGCAGUUUGCUAUUGCCGCCCAAUUGUUGAAAAAUAAUUCAAUCGGGUUUGGUAAAUUUAAUUGCGACACAUUUGGCUCUGAGUGUAACCAACUGGGUAUUCAAGCUUACCCAACUCUCAUGCUCUACACUCCUGAAAAUAAACGUAGUGGUAUUGAAAUUACCUCUCAAAACGCUCAGGAUAUUAAAAACAAUAUUUUGAAUCUGAUAAACAAAAAUUCUAAACUACACGAUGAAUUGUAAUAGCAUUUUAUACAUUAUGUGGAAUCGGUAUUAUCCUUAGUGGAUCCGAAUUACGGUAUUUACAUGGGCCUGAAGAUUGGAACGAUUUUCGGGGCGAAAAUAAAACAAUGAAAUGAAAAGUAAAAAAUCUACUGGAUCUAGAUUUUUGAAAUGUUUCACAUAAAUACUAGUAUGCCAGCCGAUAAUUACAGCCACUCCCCAACUAUCCUUUAAGUCAGCUUUAAACAGUCAAAUUAUAUACCCUCCUAACACAGUUUGCUUAGCAAAACUUUACAGAAGUUUCCUUGAAUUUUUCGUCAAAUGUCCAUCAAGUUCGAGCUUUUCCGUUUUUGACGAAGAAUUCAAGGAAACUUUUACUAGGGUUUUUUUCAAGAAAAAAUGUUACCUCUAAGUUAAGGAAAAAUUAACCGCAAAUUUUUCUGUCCAACUUUUGCUGUCGAUUUUCAAAUUACUGUCAGUUUCAAGUUAAAGUGGCUAUCAGGGUAAAUUUUUUUAAAAUUUUUGUUGCGCGAAAAACGUUCCGAUCUUCAUGUAUUUACCGUAAAUUACGGUAUUGGCAAGAAUAAGAAUAAAAUACGGUACUCUACGAUAAAUUACGGUAGUUUCGGCAAAUUUCGGUAUUUUCCGUAUUGUGGUAUUUUAUCGUCAAUGUGUGGUAACAUUGUGGCACUUCGCCGUCAACGUGUAAAUUACUGUAAAAUUAGGGCAUUUUAUCAUAAAGUGAAGUCUUGUACUGUGUUAGGAUUAAAAUGCCACAAAUUACCGUAAAAUGUGUCAAAUUUUCCGUAGAACAACAGUAUUUUACUGCAAAAUACGGUUCUUUACGGUAAAAUCCCAUAAUUUACCGUAAUUUGGAUCCGCUAGGGAUACUUGAUGUCACUAGAAGUAUACAAUAGGUUAUGUAAUUAAUGCACGAAGAAAAACGCAGUUAAAUGUCUAAAGUCAGGGUUAGGCAGUUAGAGAAAUCAAAAUAAUUGACUUUAUUAUUAUUAAAACAAUUUUAUACUUCAUGAAACUGAGUCCUAUGAUUAGUACUAUUCACUCAAUAAGACGUAACUCAAUGAAAAAAAAGUCAUCUUCGAUGUUAUGUCGUAUCAAUUAAUAGAGAUAUGUAAGGUUAUAAAAUUCAGCUGACGUUGCCUUGAUCUAUACAUGCGUGUACUGACUAAUUAAAUGUGCAUGUGAAGUCUAGAGAUUUUGGUAAUGUCAAUAAAGUAGUUAAAUUCAAAGUAACGUCAUGAGAGAAAAAUAAUAGAGUAGUUAUUGAAUUGAAUUGUUGAGUAGGGAUAUACUCCGCCCGUUUCACUAAAAUUUAGUGGUUUAAUAUAAAAAUGAGUGUGUAAAUAUACAUUAAAUCACACUUUUGACCAAUCAGAAAGGAUUGUAUUUUAAUAUAAAAUUUCACGAGGCUGACUUUAGCCAAUAAGCGGCGCAUUCUUCGGCAUGAGUUACAUGAAAUUAUUUUUCACUAUACCUGCACUGAAAGUUUAAAUUCCUGCCUUGUUUAGAUGGGGAAGAGGAUCGAGCUUUUUUUUUUUAUGAAAAAACAAAAUGAUAAAAAUUAGCGCAUGCGCCAUUUUUCCCACAAACAGAAGCAAAAAUUUAAACUUUCAGGUACAGAUCUGGUGAAAAUUCGUAUACACAGACGGAGGAAAGUAGGACACAUGUUUGAGGCAAUUAUACAGCCGAUUUGGAACAUUCUACUUUCCUUCUUCAGUGUGUAUUAUACUAAUUUUUUUAUUUCUAAUCAAAAUGUAAAUAAUAUAAUUUUCAUUGAUUUAAAUAUGAAUUUGAAUUAAAAAUACUCAAAAUUAUA